AUGGCUGUCUCUUUGACACCCACCCUGGGACUCAAUUCUGCCCCAGAUGAAAUCCAGCAUCCACAUAUUAAAUUUUCCGAAUGGAAAUUUAAGCUAUUCAGGGUGAGAUCCUUUGAAAAGGCACCUGAAGAAGCUCAAAAGGAAAAAGAUUCCUCUGAGGGGAAACCCUCUCUAGAGCAAUCUCCAGCAGUCCUGGAUAAGGCUGGUGGUCAGAAACCAGUCCUGACUCAACCAGCAGUAAAGCCUCACCCUAAGUUUUUGAAGAAAUUCCAUGAUGAUGGGAAAGCAAGAGAGAAAGCCAUCCACCAAGCCAGCCUUCGACAUCUCUGCCGCAUCUGUGGGAAUUCUUUUAAAACUGAUGGGCACAAUAGGAGAUAUCCAGUCCACGGGCCUGUGGAUGGCAAAACCCAAGUGCUUUUACGAAAGAAGGAAAAGAGAGCCACUUCCUGGCCCGACCUCAUUGCCAAGGUUUUCCGGAUCGAUGUGAAAGCCGAUGUUGACUCCAUCCACCCCACUGAGUUCUGCCAUAACUGCUGGAGCAUCAUGCACAGGAAGUUUAGCAGUGCUCCAUGUGAGGUUUACUUCCAGAAGAACGCAACCAUGGAGUGGCACCCCCACACCCCGUCCUGUGACAUCUGCCACACUGCCCGUCAGGGACUCAAGAGGAAGAGUCAUCAGCCAAAUGUGCAGCUCAGCAAAAAACUCAAAACUGCGGUUGACCGAGCGAGGCAGGCCCGUCAGCACAAGAGGAGAGCUCAGGCAAGGAUCAGCGGCAAGGGAGUGAUGAAGAAGAUCACCAACUGCAGUAAGAUCCAUCUUAGCACCAAGCUCCUUGCAGUGGACUUCCCGGCGCACUUUGUGAAAUCUAUCUCCUGCCAGAUUUGUGAACACAUCCUGGCUGACCCUGUGGUCACCAGCUGUAAGCAUGUAUUUUGCAGGAUCUGCAUUCUCAGAUGCCUCAAAGUCAUGGGCAGCUAUUGUCCCUCUUGCCGAUAUCCCUGCUUCCCCACUGACCUGGAGAGUCCCGUGAAGUCCUUUCUGAGCAUCCUGAAUUCCCUGAUGGUGAAAUGUCCAGCAGAAGAGUGCAAUGAGGAGGUCAGCUUGGAAAAAUAUAAUCACCAUGUCUCAAGCCACAAGGAAUCGAAAGAGACUUUUGUGCAUAUUAAUAAAGGGGGCCGGCCCCGCCAGCAUCUCCUGUCACUGACUCGGAGGGCUCAGAAGCACCGUCUGAGGGAGCUCAAGCUGCAAGUCAAGGCUUUUGCCGACAAAGAAGAAGGAGGAGAUGUGAAGUCUGUGUGCCUGACCUUGUUCCUGCUGGCGCUGCGGGCGAGGAAUGAGCACAGACAAGCCGACGAGCUGGAGGCCAUCAUGCAGGGGCGGGGCUCCGGCCUGCAGCCAGCGGUUUGCUUGGCCAUCCGAGUCAACACCUUCCUCAGCUGCAGUCAGUACCACAAAAUGUACAGGACUGUCAAAGCCAUCACGGGGAGGCAGAUUUUUCAGCCUUUGCAUGCCCUCCGGAACGCUGAAAAGGUCCUUCUGCCGGGCUACCACCCCUUUGAGUGGCAGCCCCCUCUGAAGAACGUGUCCUCCAACACUGACGUUGGCGUUAUUGACGGAUUGUCUGGACUGUCCUCGUCUGUGGACGAUUACCCGGUGGACACCAUUGCGAAGCGGUUCCGCUAUGAUUCGGCUUUGGUGUCUGCUCUGAUGGACAUGGAAGAAGACAUCCUGGAAGGCAUGAGAGCCCAAGAGCUUGACGAUUACCUGAACGGCCCCUUCACUGUGGUGGUGAAGGAGUCCUGUGACGGGAUGGGAGACGUGAGUGAGAAGCACGGCAGUGGGCCAGCCGUUCCGGAAAAGGCAGUUCGGUUUUCAUUCACAAUCAUGAAAAUUACUAUAGCACACGGCUCACAGAAUGUGAAGGUGUUUGAGGAAGCCAAACCUAACUCUGAGCUGUGUUGCAAGCCCUUGUGCCUUAUGCUGGCAGAUGAAUCUGACCACGAGACUCUGACGGCCAUCCUGAGCCCUCUCAUUGCUGAGCGGGAGGCCAUGAAGGACAGCGAAUUAAUGCUUGAGAUGGGAGGCAUCCUCCGCACUUUCCAGUUCAUCUUUAGGGGCACGGGCUACGAUGAGAAACUUGUCCGGGAAGUGGAAGGCCUCGAGGCUUCCGGCUCGGUCUACAUCUGUACCCUUUGUGAUGCCACCCGCCUGGAAGCCUCUCAAAAUCUUGUCUUCCACUCCAUAACCAGAAGCCACGCUGAGAACCUGGAGCGCUAUGAGGUCUGGCGUUCCAACCCAUACCAUGAGUCUGUGGAAGAACUGCGGGAUCGGGUGAAAGGGGUCUCCGCCAAGCCCUUCAUCGAGACAGUCCCUUCCAUAGAUGCGCUCCACUGCGACAUUGGCAAUGCAGCUGAGUUCUACAAGAUCUUCCAGCUAGAGAUUGGGGAGGUGUAUAAGAACCCCAAUGCCUCCAAAGAGGAAAGGAAAAGAUGGCAGGCUACGCUGGACAAACAUCUCCGGAAGAAGAUGAACCUGAAACCAAUCAUGAGGAUGAAUGGCAACUUUGCCAGGAAGCUCAUGACCAAAGAGACUGUUGAAGCAGUUUGUGAAUUAAUUCCUUCCCAGGAGAGGCACGAAGCUCUGAAGGAGCUAAUGGACCUUUACCUGAAGAUGAAGCCCGUCUGGCGCUCAUCAUGCCCGGCUAAGGAGUGCCCAGAAUCCCUCUGCCAGUAUAGUUUCAAUUCACAGCGUUUUGCUGAGCUCCUCUCUACCAAGUUCAAGUAUCGGUAUGAGGGCAAAAUCACCAAUUAUUUUCACAAAACCCUGGCACAUGUCCCUGAAAUUAUUGAGAGGGAUGGCUCCAUAGGGGCAUGGGCAAGCGAGGGAAACGAGUCUGGCAACAAACUGUUCCGGCGCUUCCGGAAAAUGAAUGCCAGGCAGUCCAAGUGUUAUGAAAUGGAAGAUGUCCUGAAACAUCACUGGUUGUAUACCUCCAAGUAUCUGCAGAAGUUUAUGGAUGCUCAUAAAGCACUGAAAAAUUCUGGGUUUUGCAUAAACUCGCAAGGAAGCUUAGAGGACCCGUUAGGCUCAGAUGACUCUCUGGAAACUCAAGAUUCAAUGGAAUUUUAA